CCCUGUCGGUCAAUAACGGAUUCCUGGAACCACUCCGUAUUCGUACCUCCGUGCGCCGUACUUUGUAGCUCUUUUUUUCCGAACAAGCUUUAAUAGGUGGGGCAGGGUCCGCCUGCAAGCAGCCUGUCUGACAUUCUCAGCCCUCGAAACGGCCUUAUCCGCGUCUUGAGAGAGCACAGCAGGCGCGGUUACCUGUUACCAUUGGCUGAACUGCAGAGCUCAAAUCUUGACAUUGGACACUGCAAGGCUGGCUGCAGAGAGUAACACUUGACCAAACUUGGACAUUGGCCCAACGUGCAGCAUCAGCGAUAUCUUCUUUCCUCGACCUUGGUGAUGUCGGCGAUCUCUCUCCUUUUCCACCCAGCAAGUACUUCAGCAGAGAGCCAUAUACUUGACCUGACUCUGUUGCCUUGUCUUAGCGGAUAUAAAGUCAGUAUGGGUUCCGAAAACGUGACUGAGACGGCGGAGGAUGGGGAUCAAGUUGUAGACUUUGUCACUCUGGGCAUGUUUAUAAUUGAUGAGAUAGAGUUCCUCCCGCCGAAACCCCCCGUCCGCGAUGUUCUCGGCGGCGCAGGGUCGUGGUCCGCACUCGGGGCAAGGCUGUUCUCCCCGCCGCCACUCAGCCGGUCGGUGGGGUGGAUCAUCGACCAGGGGUCCGACUUCCCGGCGACCCUCACACGGCUGAUCGACAGCUGGGCCACCGGCGCCGUCUUCCGGCCGAACCCGGACCGGCUCACCACGCGCGGCUGGAACGGCUACGCCGACAGCUCGGAGCGCCGCGCCUUCCGGUACACGACGCCCAAGCGGCGCCUCGCCGCCGACGACCUGUCGGGCCCCCUGCUGCGGGCCCGGGCCUUCCACGUCAUCUGCUCGCCCUCGCGCUGCCGCGACCUGGUCGCCGACAUCCUGGCCAGGCGCAGGGCCGAGGCCGCCGACUGCGCGAGGCCGCUGUUCGUCUGGGAGCCCGUGCCCGACCGCUGCGUGCCCGACGAGCUGCUCAACUGCACCAACGCCCUGCCGCUGGUCGACGUCUGCAGCCCCAAUCACACCGAGCUGGCCGGGUUCAUGGGCUCCGACGGCCUGGACCCCGAGACGGGCGAGAUCAGUACUGCGGCCGUGGAGCAGAACUGCGAGCAGCUGUUGGCGAGCAUGCCGCUGCAGAGUUACACCCUCGUCAUCCGCGCCGGCGAGAAGGGUUGCUACAUCGCCAGGAACGGUGGUCGCAAGCGACCGCCGGCAGGGUCCAGCUCGCGGGGCGGCAAGAAGCCCAAGAAGAAGGAGUACGUCCGCGGCGGCCUGCAGCCGGACACGGACAUGGAGGCCCUCUUCGCGGGCCUACUCCAGGACGACGAAGGCGCCGUGGUGCGCGAGGAGCUGGAGGCCGACCCCGGAACCGAGAUGUGGAUCCCCGCGUACCACAACCACAACCACGACGACGACGACGACGGGGCAUCCGGACAGACGAAAGUCGUGGACCCGACCGGCGGCGGCAACACCUUCCUCGGGGCGCUGGCGGUCGCGCUGGCGAGGGGCAAGCCCGUCGAGGAGGCGUGCGUCUGGGGCAGCGUCGCCGCGAGCUUCGCCAUCGAGCAGGUCGGCGUGCCGCGCAUCGGCGCCGACGACGCCGGCCGCGAGACGUGGAACUGCGUCCGCGUCGAGGACCGGCUGAGGGAGUUCCGGGACCGCGUCGGUGUGGACGAACCGCCGCGCGAUGGGGAGCAGGUCUAGGCUAGGGGGCUGCAUUUUAUAUCAUCUAUCUUCUGCUGUGUUGCCUUCUCAGAGUCGUGGGGUGGUUGGGCU